CGGGGCAGUAGGCUUUGGGUUGUCUGGGCCCAAGUCCUUCUCUGUGGUGGUGCUGUUUCUCCGCGUCGAUCUUACGCGCCGCGUGAAGCUGUAGAGCAGAUCCGUACGGGCGGCAAGACGCUCCGUGGCACCGCGAUUGGCGUACAGGCCCCGGCGCAAGCCGACUGUACCAUGGUCCAGCUCACUACCCUCCUCUGCAAGGCCUACCGUAGGGGCCACUUAACCAUCCGCCUUGCCCUGGGUGGCUGUGCCAACCGGCCUUUCUACCGCAUCGUGGCUGCUCACAACAAGUGUCCCAGGGAUGGCCGUUUUGUGGAGCAGCUGGGCUCCUAUGAUCCACUGCCCAACAGUCAUGGAGAGAAGAUUGUCGCCCUCAACCUGGAGAGGAUCCGGCAUUGGAUCGGCUGCGGUGCCCACCUCUCUAAGCCUGUGGAAAAGCUUCUGGGUCUUUCUGGCUUUUUCCCUCUGCAUCCCAUGAUGAUCACUAAUGCUGAGAGACUACGAAGGAAACGGGCACGCGAAGCCCUCUUAGCUUCUCAGAAGACAGAUACGGAGGCUACAGAGACGGAAGCGAGCUGACUUCGGUGUGCACAGCAAUGGGAGCAACAUCGCCAAGGACCUCUUAAAACACUUACGCAGAGCUCUUACUUUUGUUAGAUUCAGAGGUUAAUAAAUGGGGUUUUCU